CAAAUUUGAAAUUUGUCUAAAAAAAUAUAAAUAUAUAAUAUUUCUCUCUUCCUCAAAAUCAAACCGAUCAAUCAUUCCAAGAAGAGAUCGCUUUCUCACUGCUCUCUUUGUUUCACAAAACUCUCUCUGUCUCUCUCUCCUUGGCUGGGGUUUGGCUCUGUGAGAGAGAAGAAUAGAAUCAGAUAAGGUCCCUUUGACUGUGACUGCUUAUUUUGAACAGAAACUUCAAAAGUUGACACAUAAUUUGCCAAAGCAUUGAUUUCUUGUUAGCAACAAAAGUUUGAUAAGCAUUCCCUUUCUAUUUGAGACAAUGGCAACUAAUGAAAAUCUUCCACCAAAUGUUAUAAAGCAACUUGCAAAGGAAUUGAAGAAUCUUGAUGAAUCCCCCCCUGAGGGAAUCAAAGUAGGUGUUAAUGAUGAUGAUUUUUCGACCAUAUAUGCAGACAUUGAAGGCCCAGCUGGGACUCCGUAUGAAAAUGGUGUUUUCCGCAUGAAGUUAGUAUUGUCUCAUGACUUUCCACACUCUCCUCCCAAAGGUUACUUCCUGACAAAGAUUUUUCACCCGAACAUUGCAACCAAUGGUGAGAUUUGUGUCAACACACUGAAAAAAGAUUGGAAUCCAAGUCUUGGUCUACGACAUGUUCUCAUUGUAGUUAGGUGUUUAUUGAUUGAACCAUUUCCAGAAUCAGCGUUGAAUGAACAAGCUGGCAAGAUGCUGCUUGAGAAUUAUGAGGAGUAUGCUAGACAUGCCAGGCUUUACACUGGGAUCCAUGCUAAACCAAAACCCAAGUUCAAAUCAGGAGCUAUUUCUGAGUCCACUACUGCUCUGAAUGUUGACCAGACUAACACCUCGGUUCUUAAUGCUGACCAGAAGAGUACAACGCCAGGUGCGGCAUUGCCAUUGCCAUGCCCAUCCCCAUUGGCUCCUUCUACAACCUCCACAAGAGGAAAUGGGAAAGAGCAGCAAGCUGCCAUUGCACCAGAAACAGAUACAGGAGUUAGUGGGUCUACAGUUGCAGCCGCAGCCGCAGCACCCACUACUCAAAAGAAGGAAGGUGGGUUGGCAAAAGCUCAUGCAGACAAAAAGAAAAUGGAUGCUAGAAAGAAAAGUUUGAAGAGAUUAUAAGGUUGCAUGGAGACAAGAUAUUCGAACUGCUUUUAUGGGAUUUGUAGCAUCUUCAGUCCUCCAUUCAUGGGGAGGGGCAUGAGAGUGAGAGUCGGGAGGGGAGGGGAGAAGGGUAUUGUAUGCUGUAAUGAAUGCUUGCUUACAAUGGACAAUGUGAUUGGCGUUCUAACAUUUUCAUUUUGGGUAUGAUUUAUCUCACU